CGGAAAGUCGCAACCAGUCCAGACUUCCUUUCUCCAAGGUGUUGGACAUCCAGGGUUAAAAAUAUAAAAAAUAAAAGCAAGUUUAUAUUCUCGUUUUGAAAGUUCUCUCCCCCAGUGACAGAAAAAAUAGUUUUUUUCUUUAAAACAUCACAUGAUCUGCGUUAAAAGUGGUGAAAUUGUUCACGAUUUUUGUAAGGAUAAAAUAAGAAGAUAAGGUGGAUACGAUGUCUGGGAAGGAAAUGGCACUGGAUGACGAUGUAACGGAAUCGACUCUUUUUAAGUGACUCCUGCACGGCGCAGCGCGGAGUCACGUGGUACAGAGCCGGCGCGCGCUGAGUCAAUGCAGCAGAAAGUCCGCGCGCGUCUCAUAAUCGCCGUCAUCCUCAUCAUCAUCAUCAUCCCCGGUGAAACCGCAAAAGAGAUGCAAUGGCUGCCCCGUCGCCAGCAAAGAGUAUUGGCGACCCAGGCAUCACACCUCUCUCUCCUACACACACAGUGAAGGAUUCGGAGCAAAAUGAGACGGUGACCCAAACGUUCGUGGUGGUGGUGGCCAUUGACUUUGGCACCACGUCCAGCGGCUAUGCCUACGCUUUCGUUAAAGAGCCCGAGUGCAUCCACACCAUGAGGCGCUGGGAGGGCGGGGACCCGGGCGUGUCCAAUCAGAAGACUCCGACCACCAUUCUCCUGAGUCCCGACAAGAAGUUCCACAGUUUCGGUUAUGCAGCGAGAGACUUUUACCACGACCUGGACCCCACCGAGUCAAAACAGUGGCUCUACCUGGAGAAGUUUAAAAUGAAACUUCACACGACUGCGAAUCUGUCGAUCGACACAGACCUCCACGCGGCAAAUGGGAAGAAAGUGAAGGCUUUGGAUAUAUUUGCCUACGCUCUCGCCUUCUUUAAGGAGCAGGCUCUUAAAGAGCUGAGUGACCAGGCAGGGGCGGAGUUUGAUAACGUGGACGUCAGAUGGGUCAUCACCGUUCCAGCCAUCUGGAAAAUGCCGGCAAAGCAGUUCAUGAGAGAGGCUGCAUAUAAGGCAGGUUUGGCCUCCCGGGAGAACCCUGAACAGCUCCUCGUCGCACUGGAACCCGAAGCCGCCUCCAUCUACUGCCGGAAGCUCCGCGUACAUCAGAUGGUCGACCUCAGCGAAAAGACGUCCAUCAAUGGCUACAACCCACCUGAGAAUGUGGGGGCGGGAAUGGCGCAUGCCAAGGAACACGUGCGUCGCAACCGGCAGAGUCGCACCUUUCUGGUGGAAAAUGUCGUAGGAGAGCUCUGGUCCGAACUCAGUGAAGGUGACCGAUACGUGGUGGUGGAUUGUGGAGGAGGGACCGUGGACCUGACUGUGCAUCAAAUCCGCAUGCCUGAAGGUCACCUGAAGGAGCUUUAUAAGGCCUCGGGGGGUCCAUAUGGGUCGAUUGGCGUCGACUAUGAAUUUGAGAAGCUGCUCUGCAAGAUCUUUGGUCAGGACUUUAUCGAUCAGUUUAAGAUAAAGAGACCUGCUGCGUGGGUGGACCUGAUGAUAGCUUUCGAGUCACGUAAGAGAGCUGCAGCACCCGACCGCUCGAACCCCCUCAACAUCAACCUGCCCUUCUCCUUCAUCGACUACUACAAGAAAUUUCGCGGCCACAGCGUGGAGCAUGCGCUGCGCAAGAGCAAUGUGGAUUUUGUCAAGUGGUCAUCUCAGGGCAUGCUGAGGAUGAGCCCAGAUGCCAUGAACUCUCUUUUCAAGCCCACCAUUGACCACAUCAUCCAGCACCUCAAGGAGCUGUUUGAUAGACCCGAAGUGACGGACAUCAAGUUCCUGUUCUUAGUGGGCGGUUUUGCAGAGUCGCCGCUCCUCCAGAAGGCGGUGCAGGACAUGCUGCAGGGGCAAAGCCGAGUCAUUAUCCCAUAUGACGUGGGGCUGACCAUCCUGAAGGGAGCCGUGCUGUUCGGUCUGGACCCGGGCGUGAUCAGAGUUCGCCGCUCGCCACUUACAUACGGCGUGGGUGUGCUGAACCGCUUCGUGGAGGGAAAGCACCCACCCGAGAAGCUCCUGGUACGCGAUGGCACACGUUGGUGCACCGAUGUGUUUGACACGUUUAUAUCAGCCGACCAGUCGGUGGCGCUGGGCGAAACGGUGAAGCGAAGUUACACGCCGGCCAAGCCGUCGCAGCAGGUCAUCGUCAUCCACGUGUACUGCACCGAGCGCGAGCGCGUAGGCUUCAUCUCCGACGCUGGUGUGCGCAAGUGCGGCACUCUGCGCCUCGACCUCAGCGGCACCGAGAGUCCGGCAGCGGGGGUACGCCGCGAGAUCCAGACGCUCAUGCAGUUCGGCGACACCGAGAUCCGAGCGAUGGCCAUCGACGUGGCCACCAAUCGCACGGUCAAGGCCAGCAUCGACUUCCUCGGCCAGUAAAACGGAGGAGAGAAAAUAAAGAAAGGGCGUUGUAUUUAAAAAAUCGACCAAACCCUUUGGCUGGAGAUCUACUUUCCUGUAGAGUUUCGUUCCACUGCAGUGUGAAUCACACCGUCCUGAAGGCACUGGCUGAUUAUUCUAUUAAGCUAAAGCUGGAAAGUGGAUCUCCAGGAAAGGGAUUGGCUGCUGGGGAAUUACAACAGGAACCUGAAGGAAAACUCCAGCAUGUUUCAACCUCAUCUCUAUGUAGUACAUCUAUUGUAGCUGCAUUAUUACCACACCAUAGAUAUAUUUUCUUUAUUUUUUCCCCGGUAUACAACUCAUUUUUCCAUCCCUGACUCUGCAGUAUUCUUGAUCCUGCAUAUGUUAGUGUCUUCCCUGCUCUAACACCCAGGACGGGAUGUUAAUUAGCCGGCUAGCUGAAUCAUCGCGCGGGUUAGAGCAGGGAAAAUGCUCCACGGGGAAUCAGGUUUACUUAAAAAAAUCACUUGUAGCCUACAGAACUGUCUCAGAGCAGUUGUUAAGGUAGUCGAUAAAUAGUUAAGUAAUGAGUGAAACAUAAUUAUAAAAGGAAUAAUCCGUGCUUAUGUUUUUACCAAUAUAAUCAGUGUAGCUCAAAAAAAAACACACCAGGUUCCAGAUGAAAAGCUUUCAGGACUCCUGAACUUAAAAGCAUUUAAAAAAAAUUUCUUAAAAUGCACAAGCUACGUUUUCAUCUUAGCAACGUUUACGCGUUCAUUCAUUCCUAAGUCUGGAGGUUUGGUGGAAGACAUGCAGGAGUUUUCCUUUCCCAGCUGCAGUGUAUUAGUUCGAGAGUGUGGGAAACUAGAGCAGGUACCCACUUGGGGCAGUUUGCUGAUUUUACUGUGGGUUCAUUCUAUUGACCUCUCAAACCCAUGAAACGUAUUUUUAUUUGAUUUCAUUUGUAAAAAAAAAAAAUUACUCACAAUACGGUCGAAGGUUAAACAGAACUCGAGCUGCAUUACAUGUUCUGCCAACACCUUCCACAGUCAUGUAAAUGCAUUUAGCUGGUUCACAUCCCUCCUUUUUUUCCCCCCUCCUGAUCAGAUCGGUCUGAUGGAAGCAUUUAUACCGUAAUGGCUGUGAGUGUGUGUGAAAAUUCGGUUUCCAAGACUUCAUGAGAAAGAGCAGAUAGAUCAGGUUUUGCUGAAAAUAACUGGAUAUGGAGACAGUUUUCCGAUUCAAAGGGGGGGUUUCUGCUAUGUGUAGAACCAGGCAACCGGGCUUUACCUGCAGCACCUAUAUAGAUUUGAACCUUUUCCUGAAAUCUAGUCAGCAGGAAAAAAACUGUUUGGGAGGUGGUAGCUUAGAGAAUAAGACAUUGGAUUAUGAAUCACAAGGUCAUUAGUUCAAAUCUCAGCCACACCAAGAUGCUGAUCCCCUUGAGCAAGGCCCUCUCUGCUCAGGAUUUAAUCAUCUGCCAAAUGCCAUAAAUGUAAACUCAAUGUACAUUUACAGGUAGAGGCAAAUUUAAAUUUGUAGAUUGAUACCUGUGCUACAAUUCAAGGCCACUAGAGAUUCUUACACCAAGCUCCAAUACCAGAUGAAUGCAUUUACAACCCAAAUCAUGAAUGAAAUCAAGCAAGAUUAUCCAUAACGAUUUACAGCCAAAGAGUUGAGGGUUGAGGGUCUUGCUCAAGGGCCCGACAGCUUUGCGGUGCUGGGAUCUGAACUUGUGACCUUCCAAUUCCAAAUGCAUGAACAACUGAGCUACCACAUUAUUUUAAUCGGAUGCAUCAAUACCACGGACAUCAGAAAUUCUGCAAAAUUCGGUCCAAAUAGAAAAAAAAUUCAAUUUGUGUUUAAUUGCAUUUAAUUGUUGAUUAAUUGUAAUCAAUUAACGUCACCGCAAAAUUCCAAAACGGACCACAGACAGAUUGCAGAUAAAACGUGAAUCCUGUCAGGAUAGAGGGGGAAACAAGUGUGACAUGAAACAUGAAAACCAGCCGCCUCUCUGAGCCACCAUCACACCCUAUUCAUGCUUUUAUUUAUGGAAAGGAAAUCAUUGUGAUGUUAUAUGUAGGGUUGCAAAAUUCCAGGAAAUUUCUAAAAUCUUUUCACAGGAAUUAGAGGGAAUAAAAUGGGAAUCUACAAAAUUUCGGGUUAGCCAAUCACAGGAAGUUUGAAUGCAAUUGAAAGCAGGAUAAUUUCGGUUUAAACAACCAGAUUUAAUGCAAUUUCAAUUGAAUUUCUACCUGCACAUUCACCAAUCACAUGCACACAGCACACUUAGUGCAGGGCUGCUGAGGCCACGCCCCCUACAUGCACUGCACAUUCCUCCAUCACAUCAUUUUUUAAAUCCUGCACACAAAAUAUUAAAAAAUAUAUCAGUCUUGGUGAAUAUUCAUGCGAUUUAUAUAAAUAUUAAAUUAUUAUUAAUAAAACUUCAUCGUGCUGUGUGUAAGAUAUUGUGACUAAAUUAUGCAAAUUAAAAGUCUAAAAAUGUAAUUGGAAAAAAAAUCGGUAUUAGUUUGCACACGUCAGACUAAACUAAAUGUUUGUUUGUAUAUGAUAAAGUUUAUAUAAAUUUCCCAAAAUUUACAAAUUUAUCCCCAUAAAUUCCUGGUAAAUUUCCAACUUGAACUAUUUCCCAAAAAAACUUUCCCAUACAAAUUCUCCAGAACCUUUCCAUCCCCUUUGCAACCCUAGUUAUAAGAAAGGAAAUCUGGACCUGUGGAUGGUUCUGAGAGUCUAUAGGAUGGAGAUUGACUGCGUAAGUGAUUCCAAUUAACGCAAAGCUGCAGGAGUUUUCACUCAUCAAACAUUUUCGUCAUGAUAUUAACCUACGGUUUGGGAGGACAAAAGACGAGGUCCAACCACUCACACCUCAGCUGUUAGUAGCAGAGCUCCGAGCUCAUACUUCCAUCACGGUCGAUAGAAUACGACCAAACCAUGACAUGAUCCGAGUUCCUCUUUGAUGUUAUUUUUUAAUUUCAUUUUGAUUUUUUUUUUUAAAUGAUUGAUCAUCGGUGCUUAAAAAUGGUGUCUGUGCAGCUCUUGAUAAGGACUAACAGUUUAUUUUAUUCUCAUUUUUUUUCUUUUUCACUAACGUCAUACUUUAUAGGUCAGUAUAUCGUGCUAGAAAAGGAAAGCCACAAAUCCUGGAAUGUGAAUAUUUUUUUUUACAGCGGGCGGUGAAGGAGAAGCUGCUUGUUGCAUGCGGAGGGAGUCGAGCUGACACAUAGCCGUCGCAAUGCGCUUGCUGCCCUUUAGCUUUCUCGCUCAUCAGAAAAGAGAACGAGACUGACCUUGAUUUUAUUUUGGUUUGUUCGAUUUUCAUUUGAUAUUCUUGAUUUUUUUUUUCCGGUGGAAGUGUGAAAAAAAAAACCCCGCUGUUUAUUUCUGUAAAUAUCAUAUUUAAAGAUUAUUGUACAGAUUUAUAGAGUUGCGUUAGCGCUGUGUUAGCAGCUUGCAGAGCAGUGCGUGCGAGGGUGCUUGCGUGCGUGUGGGCUUCGAGUCAUUCUCACCAGCCUUUGCAUUUUACACACACACACACACACACACACACACACACACACACACUUAUUGCUCGUCUAUAUCAAACCACAAGACUUGAAUCCUUGCUAUAAAGAUCAUCUAUUUAAAAAAAAAAAUGUAUUUGGGUCAAGAGAAUUAGAGACGCCAGCGAUCUGGAUGUGUAUGCGGUCUGUAGCUUUAACUUGUUAGUUCUAGGUGUCGAUCCUGAGGAGGAGCCGGAAGUACUGUUGAUUUUAGUCAGACGAUAAUUCGGUUAAGGAUUGGUGCAAAAACAUCUGUGCCAGUCGAAAACCACGAUCAAACACAAGCAAUAAGGCAUUAUAAAGUGUACGCCAUGCGCCGCCUGGGCUACGCUGACGACAUCACAUCCGGGCGAAAGCUACGGCUAAGAACAUACAAUGGAAACGUCUAAAUCAUUUACCAGACUCACACGAUUCAUAAAUCGGAACUAGUCGUUUAAUCUGCUGUCAAAAUUUGUGUAUCGCAAUGUUGCAUUGAGAAAAAAAAAACCAGUGAGCCAGCAUGAAAGGCCUUUUUCUUCCUCACAUGAACACAUUUCAUAUUCGAAAGGUAUUAGACGCUAAAACAGCAGAUCAAACCGAGCUGCUUCGUGCUAAUGCGGCUUUGUGUAUUCGUAAUACUGAAAAAGAGAGAGAGAGAGAGCUCUCAGUUCAUCAACGCUUAAAAAAAGACAAUAAUAUAUCGCUCAAUAUCGUACCUGUAUUAAUAGCAUUAUUACAAGUAUUCCAAUUUAACCUCGUUUCAUCUGCUGACGCGUUUAUUAGCUACUCUUGUGACGUUUAUCAAACCCUCGCCAAAACUGUGGACCAUGUCGAACAUUUGAACAGCCGGAGCGCUGAGACUUGUUUUUUUUUUUUUUUAGAAAUAAGUGUGUUUAAAAAAACAUCGCUUGCCUUCAUUGUAUUCGCUCAGUUGCUGAUAUAACGGUCAUCUCUGGUGACACAAUUUGCAUGAGUAUCUACAAGCCAGAAGGGAUAAACAAGCUUCUAUUUUCGCUGUUAUUGGCUGUGCAUGCUAAACAGGAAGUGAGGUAAACGGCUUAAACGUGGACGCAUACAGUAAGUUCACCGCCGAGUUCAGUCUACAAAAUCACACUCCGAAAAUCCAACUUUCACGAGAGGGCCGUGUUUCCUUUCGUGAUUUCAUUUCUACACAGAAGCGAUACAUCUACAAUACGAUCUGAUUAACACUUCCAAACUGAGAAACACAAAACACUAACCUUUCCUGCUCUCUAGUUUACUUUUCUCCUCUGCGCUCCAGACAUAACAAAGUCUUGUUGCGAUUCCUUUCUGCUUUGCCAACGGAUCCCUGAUUCUGCCUUUUUUCACUCUUGUUAGCCUUGCAUGAUUAAGAGGCAGCAAAAACAUUGACCUGGAUAUACAACCACACAUACUGUACUCACUUGCACAUACACACAUGAACAUAUAUAUACACACUCUACGGUCUCCUGUCAUGUACAGCGCAGGAAUCGUGACCUUAAGCAUUUUGUUUAUGCGAUCAGAACCACAUAUUGCCUCUUUAUACUCUAGCUAAUGCAGUGUUGCGCUUACGUGGUUAAAUAAAAUAGGAUUAAUAAGCCACUGUUUACAUCCUGUUAUGAAUGCCAUGCUAUGUACUGAUUGUUAAACGCUUGAUUUGUAAUUUUUUUUGCUAUUGUUUUGUAUGAGAGGCAGCAGCUAGCAGCGAAUUGAAAUCCACAGAUUAGCAAACUACGCCGAUCCGAUUUCGCUAAAACGCGAAUGCCCAUCGCGAGGCAUGACUGACGCUCCUCUUUGCCAAACAUGAACACACUGAAUCCUGUCACGUGUCUCUUUGGUUGGUUUUUUGUUUUUUCUUUUUUUGUCCUGUGCCCACUCAUAUGCUGUCUGCUGUGGUUCCAGAGCCACUUCUCCUGCUAUUUGCACAGAAAAUAGAUUACAACUGUAUUACAAAUCAAUGCCAAGUACCCAAACUGUACUCCAAUAAAAUGUGUAUUUAAAAAAAAA